AUGGCCGAAGACAUGCAGAUAAAUCCCCAACGCGCGAAGCAACUCGCCGAAAACAUCGCCAGCAUAACCUCGCGCAUCAAUGCCGUGAGCAAAGGUGGGAAACAGGUCCGCCUCAUAGCCGUAUCUAAACUCAAACCCGCAAACGACAUCCUCGCCCUCCACCAACCCUCCAAUCCCACGCAAACCCAUUUCGGCGAAAACUACGUCCAAGAGCUCCUCGAGAAGAGCAAGAUCCUCCCCCGCUCCAUACAAUGGCACAUGAUUGGCGGUCUGCAGUCGAACAAGUGCAAACAGCUGGCUGAGCAGAUACCAAAUCUGUGUUGUGUUUCCAGCGUAGACAGCGAGAAGAAGGCGAAUGAGCUGGAGAAGGGAAGGAAAGCUUUAGUCGAAAAGGAUGGGGACAAGGUAGAGGGGAAGUUGCGCGUCAAGGUGCAAGUCAAUACCUCAGGUGAAGAAGCAAAAUCCGGCGUCGAACCCUCGGAUACACUGUCCCUUUGCCGGCACAUCAUAGAGAGGUGUCCGCACCUCCAGCUCUCCGGUCUAAUGACCAUUGGUGCGAUUGCGAGGAGUAAGGAGACGACUGCGGAAAACGAGAAUGAGGAUUUUGUCACGUUGAAGGAGACGAGGGAUCAGGUUAUCAAGGAUCUGGGGUGGGGAGAAGAGCAAUUGGAGUUGAGUAUGGGCAUGAGUGCGGAUUUUGAGGGUGCGGUUAAGAUGGGAAGUGAUGAGGUCAGGGUAGGGAGUCAGAUUUUUGGAGAGAGGCCGCAGAAGAAGGAUGCUGUCAUCAAGGAGAAGGAGGCGCAGGAGAAGAGCUAG